AUGAAGACCGCUUUCUUUGCCGUUGCUCUUGGUGCUUUGGUUGCCCCGAUGGCAGCCCAGGAGGACCAGGCCCCCGAUAUUUCCCCUGAAGACCUCCAGGCCUCGUUCGAGAAGCAUUUUUCCAAGUUCGACUGGUCACAGGUUUCCCCCGAGGCGCUCGGAAUGCAGUUGAACUUCGACGAAAUGAGCGAUGAAGAGCUUCGAGCGCUGGCUGAAGUGUUCGUGAAACCUGGCCUCAUCGGCCCCGAGGAGGCUCAGGUCUUCAUUGAUUCGCUCGUAGACCCACGAAUGCGCGCCAUGCUGCAAGGCCUCAGCGGAAAGUGGAACGAAAUAAUGGAAAAACUUAUCGCGGAUCCCCAGUACCAUGACUUCCUGCGCAAGUUCGCCGAAGUUGACAUGGAUGCCCUUACUGAAGCUGUUGGCAUCCCUGGCGGUCUCGCCGGCGCUAUGGCCUCUCUUUCGGAGACGUCAUCAGACAAUGCAGCAGAGAACAUUGACUAA